AUGUCUCAAAACAUAGCAAACCAAGAUUUGGAGUUGAAUGUUGUUAAUUCGGAAUCAACCAUCAUUGGUCCGAAUCGAAGAAGCUUUGAUUGCGACAUUGAAAGUAGACAUGUCCUACAAAGGGUGGCUCCUCUUCCUCCCAUCAACCAAACGGCGCAUGCCAUUGGCUCUGGCUCUGGCUCUGGCUCUGGAGGUGCGGGCUUGGUGGAACCAAGUCUAGCCAACCAAACCAGGCCACCACUUGCAACAUUUGGACCAGUAGGACCAAUAGGUGGCAACUUGAUUCAACAUCAGAGUGGAAACAUGAACCAAGCACCCGUGAAUGAAAUCAUACAAUAUCGUCGUCGUCGUCGUGUGGAUGUGCCUGUUGAAGAGCGAAGAAGACAGAGAUUGGUUCGAGACAUUCAGGAGUGGAUUAGUUCAAACCAUCCUGAGCUGGUAGGCUAUACUGAGGAAGAAAGGGAGGAAGAAGAGAAUGUGAUGCUUAGCAUGUCUUUGGAUGAUUUGUACGAGCUGCGUGAUGAUUUGGGGAGUGACGAUGGCGGGUUGAGUGAUUAUACAAUCCAUAAGUAUAUAAAGUCGAGUAGAUUUUGUCCCGAAGACGAGGAUGAAGACGAGGCAUGUUGUAUUUGUCUGGAAACUUACAUAUCAUCUGAGGAUACAAUUGUAUGCAAACUGGACUGCGACCAUAUGUAUCACUUCAAGUGCAUUAGGUCAUGGCUUAGGGAGGUUAAUAGAUGCCCGGCCUGUAGAGCCAUUGCGGUGACACCUUGA